AGAAGUGUGUAUGUUGAAGAUUAUACUGUGAUGAAAAUAUCAGGUUGUGUGGCGAUAGUGACAGGUGGAGCUUCAGGGAUAGGACGUGGACUUUGUGACGUACUGCUGCAGCGUAACGCCAAGGUAAGCUUAUUUAUUUCGUUGGAUAACCGCGAACGAAUGAAGCAGGGCUACGUACGAACUUUUGGCGAAAGUUGCCUGAAGUCUCUGCUUCAAAGCGGGGGUAACUGCGAAGCAAUGGAUUUGAAAAUGAUGUUUUAUUUAUUAUUCCUAUGCAAAUAAAACUCAUGGGUAUCCGAUCUAGCUGGUAGUGAUAGUGACUUGUACUGUUAAAUAGCGAAAUUACGGAUUCCUUGUGUUUAAAGCUAAGACUUUCAGUCUUGUUGAAAUCGGGCAUUGCAAGUUCUAGCUCCCGUCCCUCCUCCCUGGGGGAACUGCCCUAAGUUUUGCAUCAGAGUGUCCCCCCCCCCCACCCCUUUGAUAAAAAGCUGGCUUUUGCAAAACAUCGAGCAGUAGCAUGGUUCUCAAAUAAAGUAAACAGCCUUAGCCAGGGGGGGCAUACCAAGCCUUUUUGCAUUCUGAAUAGGGUUCUCACUUGUCUUCUUGAUACUUGUGUAAAAUGAUGGUAGUUAAUUGACAAAAGUCAACAUUGACUUCCUUAGAUCAUCAAUUUUGAUUGAUUUUUGUAAGCAAGUGAUCCAUUGCCUCCUUUGUUUCCAUGCAAUCACUCGCUCUAGCUCUGUUAUCCACAUGAUUGUAAACAUCAAAAAUAACGUCAGAAAUGACUCGACUUUGUUGUUUUUUUUUUCUCUCUAAAAGUCCAGGCAGCCAUGUGAUUUCCUGCCAAAUAAAACCUUGAGUUACAUUUGGGUUGCCAUACCUGUUGAUUGAGUUAUUUUACAUUGGUGUGCCUGUGGUGUGGAUGAAUGGGUCGGUGGGCAAAAGUAUGGUCACUUGACUGCCAAAAUUUCUCAGAUGCAUAGGUCACCAAAUUUUCUUACCCAUGGUGCUCUGCCAUGUACGCUUCACGCCCACGAGAGCUCUGCUAAAAAAUGACUGAGGAUUGGUUGAUUUGUGUAAAUAAAGUGUCCAUUGUUUAGUUAUGUUCACAUGGCACGAGAGGAAUUUUCAAACUUGCUGAUAAAUAUGACCAGACACUUCAUUCACAUUUUUUUGACACAGAAGUUGAAUGGUAGGUAUUGAAAUGUUUGCACUGUUCCGGUGGUUCCGUGUGAAUGGAACAAAUCUGCACAAAUUUUCAACACCCAGACAAAAAUUUAUCCAGUGCUGUGUGAACAUGUAUAUAAUCUCACUAUAGCAGUCAACUGCAGAAAGAUUUUCACAAAAAUUUUACACAAGUUAAGAGAAAGGGGGGAUCUGGAUCCCCUUUAACACUCCCAGGGGUUUCAAUAAGCACUGCCGGCCGAGGAAACGCGUCGGCUACUUUGCUCAUAGAGGUCGGCUAUCAUAAAAUCUGAAUGUAAACGUAAUUAUGAUGUGUUUUCCUAAAGGCCCACUGGUUUCACAUUAUGCUUUAGUCAUUUGAAGGCUACUUUUUCAGUCAUUUUUUCACAAGUUUCUUUAUAGGUUUAUGCAGAAUCUGUUUAUGUGCAAAAGUACGUAAUUUAGUUUUCACCAAUUGUUCAUUGCUUGUAGGAAUUGAUUGUGUGACUGAUAUUGAUAAAUUGAAAGCUACAUUUUUUUUGAAUGAAGAACAGGCUCUUUUGUCCUCAAUUGCAUUCCCCAGAAUGCUGAAAAUCACAUUUUAGGGCUUUAAGAUUUCAAAAUUUUCUGUGUUAGAACAUGCCCAGACUGCCCCCCCCUCCCCUAACCCCCCCCUCAAACUGCUGGCUACUUAAAUUUUUAUUGAAACCUGUGCUCUCCCCUGGGUAUGCCCCUUCAGGCUGCCCUCCCUGAAUCUCUGUUUAUGACUUCACUCUGAAUUGAUUCCUCAUAAUUUUAUGGUUUACAAGGAAAUAUCAUGUUUUGUCGGGCCCUAAAAUUAUUAUAUAAGAGAAAAACGUCAGGUGGGUUUCUUUACUUAAAUUCAAAUGUGGAUUUUUUUUAAUAGAAGAAGGAUAAUUUUCCCAGUAGAAUUGCAGAGACUCAAAAUUAGCCAAAAUGAAAUAUUUGCUGAGCUCUGUUCACAAAUUAAGGCAAUAAUUAAACACAUGAUGGAAUAAAAUGGCUAUGUGAACAUUUAACACAUAGACGGUUUAUUAAACUCAGAAUAUCAGAUCAAAAUAUAAAUUUAUACAAACUCUUACUAAACACCUAUUGACUGCAAAGGUGUCAGGGCAAUCAAACUGCAACAACACUUAAACAUCACCACUGAACAAGAAAAAAGGCAGGAGCUAGGUCGAUGGAAAAAGUUUGUGUGUUGAUGAAAUCAAAACCCAACAUUCAUAAUUUAUACGAAGAUUCAUGACUACAACGUUGACUACGACAUUGUUUGUGCACGUAAUGGCGGAUUCAAAAUUCAAAACGUUAUCCUUGGUACCAUGCUCCCAACUUCUCCUCAUGCAUUGGCAAAUCAUUAAUUAAAUGCAUGGUUCAGCUGUUGCAUAUAAAAUUUUUUUUGAUCAAAUAAUAUAUUUGUUACUUGAUCCAAAUAGCAAAUAUGAUCCACAGCUGAGGUGGAGUUCUUAAUCCAAAACUGAAUACUUUAGAUACAUGAUACAUGAGGUGCUUCUUUUAUUACUAUGGAUCCGAAAAGGGUGAAAAUUAUUCAGCCAGCUGUAAGGGACCGGUCAUAAAGUACAGGUGGGGGUGGGCUAUGAAAAAUUGGGGGCAGGCAACUAUUUUUUGACACAUUAAAAAGGGUGGGUCAGGAAAAAUAAUGCACUGCAUCAGGGUUGGGUCAUGUUAAAUUAUUCACAUAUCACUACAAAUGUUAGUAAAAUCUUUUUUAACAAUGAAUCUAAUUUUCCACAUUAAUCCAACUUUAUAUGACAACAGGAAUUCACAUAUUAAAUAUUUUGUUUCUAUUUAUGUACACUCUUUAAAUCUGAAGAGUAGUCACUCGGGAAACUUUUUAUAGUAUAAAAUCUAGAACAAAGCUUUACUGUGUGUUCAUAAACCUAACUUAUGUUAACAUCUUUUUUAAUGUCUUCUUCUAAUCAUCUUUAGUCAUCUUUCACCAUUACCAUCACCCUCAGAAGCAUUACCAUCCUCCACCUCCUCCUCAUUGUCAUCAUCAUCAUCAUCAUCAAUAUCAUCUAUAGCACUCAAUACAACUGGUGACACGUUUGCUCUGAUUGCUUCAAUAGCAUCCACUGUAAAUUUACCUUUACUUAUUGAAAGGUUUUAAUCACCUACCAUCUUUCUUUGUUAAGUUGUUAAGGCCUAUCACACUACAAUGAUCGGAGGUUAUAACUUCACCAUAAGAUGAUGAGUGACUGAUUGCAGAGAACACUCUCUCACAAUUUUUCUCUGCUCUUUUAUGGCGUCGCUUCCCAGCUAUUGCUUUAUUUUCUUUCACUCUUCUCCUUUUCGAGACGAAUGUUUCUUUUGCAAAAGGAUACAUUCUCUUGUGUUUUUCUUUUUGGGCCUCUGUCCUCAUCAAAGUCUGGUCAAUGUUACUUUGGAAUUCUGCAAUCAUUCCCAAGCAUUUUUCAUUGAAGCGUUGCCCACACUCUUGCCCACUGAUGAUUUUCCCAGACUUUUUAAUAAACCACUGGGCAUUCUCUUUCUGAAUACUACUCUUCAGCUUCUCAGAUUUCUCUUUCCAAUCCUGAAGUUUUUUAAUCUUGUGAUUAAUUGCUUGGGGUUCAGUAGGCUUUAAGGGUUCCUCUUCUGAAUCGCCUUCUGGGAUUGCUGCUUGCAAUGACAUAGCUGACAGCUGGCAGUGAAGGUCAUACUAAUGUACCUAUCCACAUCAGCGUUAUUGGUUUUGGUUGGGGGGUGGGCCACUGAAAACCAGUACUCACAAAAAAAAUUUUCAUAGCCCACCCCCCCCCCCCGUACUUUAUGACCGGUCCCUAACUAUUACUAUAUAGAAACAGUUUUGAUUUAUACAUCAGUACUUUGUCUUUAUAAUUGUGACAGAUCAAAAUUAAAUUCAGGUUAUAAUUGUUUAACUUAGGUUGACUCUAAUGUCAUCUCCUAGCCCUAAUUCAUGCAUAAUUAGGGCUAGAAGACAAAGGGAAUUGGGAAUCAACCUAGGUUGAAAAAAUUUAACCUGAAUACUAUUUUAGCCAGUUACAUUACUAUGCUGCUCAUUUCAAACCUGAGACAAUUUGUGUUAAAUGCAUCUAAAACNCCACAUCAGCGUUAUUGGUUUUGGUUGGGGGGUGGGCCACUGAAAACCAGUACUCACAAAAAAAAUUUUCAUAGCCCACCCCCCCCCCUGUACUUUAUGACCGGUCCCUAACUAUUACUAUAUAGAAACAGUUUUGAUUUAUACAUCAGUACUUUGUCUUUAUAAUUGUGACAGAUCAAAAUUAAAUUCAGGUUAUAAUUGUUUAACUUAGGUUGACUCUAAUGUCAUCUCCUAGCCCUAAUUCAUGCAUAAUUAGGGCUAGAAGACAAAGGGAAUUGGGAAUCAACCUAGGUUGAAAAAAUUUAACCUGAAUACUAUUUUAGCCAGUUACAUUACUAUGCUGCUCAUUUCAAACCUGAGACAAUUUGUGUUAAAUGCAUCUAAAACUCAAUAAUACUUCAUAACUCAGUGGGUGUAAAACUGCAUGAUAGUACAAAACAAAGCCAAAAAAUUGUUAGUUAUGACAUCAUCAUAUUGAUGGCAAGGAGAGGGGUGCUUGUUUGAUAUGGCUUAGGUAGUGGGGCCACCAGAGUGCGGGGCCACUUCAUUUGUUGAGAAAAUUAUAGUUAUAAUAAUACUUUCUAUAUUUUGAUUUAGGUUGCUAUUGUUGACCUCAAUGAAGAAAGAGGCAAGGAAGUAGAGAGAAUAUUCAGUGAAUCUUAUGGAACAGGGUGUGCAAGGUUCAUUAGAUGCGAUGUUUCCAUUGAGGAUGAAUUGAAAGGUUUUAUAUGAUUUUCUUACAAUUUAGUAAUAAAAUCAGUAUAGCACAUGUUUUAGGUGAUCAGUUCAGACACUAACUGUGCAAAUUCCAUCAAGAAGGGGCCAAUUUAAUAAAUCUUUUACAAAGGUUAGUGUAAUAAAUAUUUACAAGUCUGGCUGCUAUUGUUUUUGUACUCUAAAACAAUAGCUACACUUGUGAAUUACACUGGUAAAAGUUUCUUUGGUUUGACCCCCAAUUAUAAUAUGUAAUAUAAGGUAACUCAAAUGUAAUCAGUUGAUGGUAUUAAACACUGGGAAAUUGACCCGAUGGUUAAUAUCCAGAUCUUUGAGCAAGUUUGUCAGGACCGUUGCAGUUUCUUGAAACAUUUUAAUAUUUACUUAUUGCUACUUUUCCCUCUCCUUAAUGAAGACUUAAUGGGAUGCUAGUGCAUGCUAGCAGUGCAUGUCUUAAAAUGCAUGUGCAGAGAGAACAGUUUAGAUAAACAAAGGUGAAUAGAACUUCAACUUGACAGAAUUAAAUAACAAUUAUUAAUAAUAACAAUAAUAAUAGUAAUAAAAAUAGUAAUAAUGAGUUGAUAUAAAUAACUAUGACUUUGUCAUGUAAUAAUUUCCUUGCAUUCCACAGCGUGCAUGCUGAACUUCAUCAUUAUUAUUAUUAUUAUUAUUAUUAUUAUUAUUAUUAUUAUUAUUAUUAUUAUUAUUAUUAUUAUUAUUAUUAUCAUUAUUAUAGAGGCCUUCUCAAGAAUUCUUUCUUUGUGGGGAAGACUCGACAUUGUUUGCAACAAUGCAGCUGUUCUUGAUGAAGAUGAUUGGAAUAAAACUCUAAAUACAAACUUGGUAAGUUUAAUUGUUCUUUUUAUAGCUGCAUUUCCAUUGCAAAGCAAAAACAGCAUACCCAUCAGCCAUGUCCCGUACUAUCUCCCUUUUCAGUCAGUCAAAUAACUGCAUGGUCGUCAACUUAUUAAAACUGAGUCUGCCACAGCCUAUUUUGAGACACUUUACUGAAGUCGUCAAGGCAAACAAAAUUAAUAAACAUUUCCACUGUAAGCCAGUGACAACCUGUAGGAAGAGACUGGGUGCAGAAUUGUCUAAUAUAUAGAUUUAGCCAGGGCUAAAAGCGAAGCUCCUAUUAACUCGAAUUUAUAAUUUAAAUCGAACAAUAAACUUGCAAUUGUAUUCCACAAAUCAGUUAACUUUACAGCACAUUCAUGUGACUUUUGAGGGAAAGGCUAAGUUAUGUUGGAGAAAAAUAAUUUGCAAACAGUCCAAGCUAAGAGUGAACUUAAUCUUAGAUCGAGUUGAUAGCCUUUAUAUACGUACACCCAAAGAAUAGCAAUCAUCUUCGAUCACAUUUAAGAGCCAUAAUGGCUCUUGAUCACAGUAGAUCAGGCCUGGAAAACAAAUUCUUGGAAAACAAAUCAGGCCAAUUUUUUUGCGUUCGACAAGUUUAUAAUUUACUUUACAAAAUCUUGCCAACAAGUCUGGGGACGUGUAAACCAGCCUUUUAUACUUUUUAUACAUCACAUCUGUGGUGAAACAGUACCAUGAGGCGCUGUUUUUAUCAUACAGACCUCGGACAGAAUGCAGUAUUUCACAAUUUUGCAAUACAAAUUGCACUCACUCCCCGGACUCACUCGAGAUUCAGGACGAUCGAAGCACGCGUGUGCUUUUACUAAAAAAAAUUCCAAAAUCACCUACAUAUACGGCUAGCCGGUUCUCACUUUUGACAAGCGCCAAAGUCGACUGUUUAAAUCAAGAUUAAUAGAGUAAUACGCUUCAACGUGAUAAAGAAUUUGUUGUGUAAUCUUCUUCGUUUGAUACGCGCGGCAUUUUGAGUACUCCUGCAAGCGAUGUUCGUGAGCGACUGAAAACAAACGGGGCAGCGAUUAAAAUUACAAAAGAGACCACUAAAAAUCAAUAAAAGGAAAAUAAUUCGGUGAAACAUAUACAGAGACAACAAUUUUCAUUUACGAAGGCAAGUAUUAAAGCGUCUCUGAAAAUCCUUGCUUAUGUUUUAAGCCGCCUUCCCGGUGUUUGCUUUUUUCAAAGAUGAACUCGAGGCAAGAAAAUUGCUCAAAGGUUUCUUUUACAGCCAGAAUUAUAGCUAAAUAUUCUUUGAAACGUUUUCUUUCUGUUUGCGGUGAGAAAAUGUCUAAAGGCUUUUUAAAGUUCUAUAAGCUUAUAAUCAAACCUGGUACUCGGUCAGAUCAUUGUCUCAAAUUUUACAAACGUGCAUAAACUAAAUAGCCGCAUAAACUGCGCCCGACUUCAUUAAAUUAGAUAUAAAAAAACAAACACCAAAUACAAUAAUUACGCAGGCUUAUCAUUCGAGAUGCACUGAAAACGAUCAAGUAAGGCCAGAAUCGCUUCAGACUUUUCAACCCUCUUAUGCAUCAAGCAAGGUGAAAAACGAAAACGAUGCCAUCCGAAAUCAGAUUUCCGACUUUGACAAGCGACGUAUUUCUCAACCAAAACCCCAAUAAACAAACUAGCUGUGAAUAACAGAAAACUCUUGAAACUUCUUGAUAGCAGCAGAAUUUCAUUUUGUACAUCCAGUGGAAAAAGACAGUUAAAAACAUCACAAGCUGACACAAAACUCUGUCAGCUUCAGCUCUCAAAGUAAACAAGUUUCAAGAUGCUGCAUAAAUUUUCCGCAUGAACUCACCUGUCAAAUUUUGACCAAUCAGAGCAUAAGAAUUGGACGUAGAGCGUGACCAGCGCGUGACCUUGGUGAGAAAAGUCAAAAGCAACUGGCAUGUCUUCCAGGCCCGUAAAAACUGGCUGAAUUCUAGCUUCCGAGGUCAGUUUGAAAUCAAAAUUUAAAUUGUGCGGCACAUACAAAACACAACAUAUUUCAUAUGAAUGAAAAAAAAAUAAACUUGAGCCUGCGAUCGAUUGAAAACUAGUAACUUGUCAGCGGAUAACUUCAAAAAGAUACUCGACCUCGAUGGGUCGACACCUGAGCCCGCGAUAUGGUCAGGUGAUACUGAUCAGCGGAAACCCUAUUUUGACAGCUGUCAAUUGAUCACAACAUUGAUGUACAAUGUGUGGGCAAUAUCAGUCUUCCUGUGCUCCCAAACUAGCUAGAAAUUGUGAGAUUAAACAUUCGUUGCCCUGUAGCGCGGACGGACGGGCGGUGUACGGUCACGUGAUUACCAAAUUUUCUGGGAUGGGUAGAUUUACUUACCCAUGGUGCUCCGCAGGUGCGCUUCGCGCGCCAGAGCUUCGCUAGGAACUAUUUGAAUUCCAUAAGGUUUCAGUAUACCAGUCUUCACUCUUUUUAACACUUUUCUUUUUACUCGUGAAUCCUCACUGAGAUCCUACAAUACCGACUUCAAAAAGAGGGCAUUAAUAGAUUGCUAGUCAGUGCUUGACUGCUUUCCUAAUUCAGAAAUCCAGGCACUAUUCAGAAAAGAACAGUGCACGCUAGGCGUAGUAGGACUCUGUAUCACGUAGUACGCAGAAAGGAAGGGAGUAACUCCUUGAAGAUGUCAUCUUUGUAGGCUACAGCAGCUAGACUUACAAGGUCUGGCCCAUUUUUUGCUGAUCCUGUUGUUACCAAACUUAUCAACCUAUUGUUGCGCAGGUAACCCAUUUUCCCUGAAGAUAAAAAUUCAUGUCUUGGUCGUUUUUAGCCUGAAUUUCAUCCAAUUACUUCGAGUCGUUAAUACUCCCUCAGUAACGUCUGAAUCGACCGGCCGUUAAUGCCGUGCAAUGACGUCACUUCUCCUGUGCUUUAAUUCUGUUCAUACAAAAAGUAAAACACGAUUUUCAAGUGGCAAACCAAGAAAAUCGUUGUACAUAUCGUUAUAGCGGAGCUCUCGCGCACGAAGCGCGCCAGCGGAGCACCAUGGGUGAGAAAAUGAAGUAAUCUACCCAUUCGAGAAAAUUUGGUAACCACGUGAACGUAAACCGAGCGCGCGAGCCACCGUCCGUCCGCACCACAGGCAUACCAAUGUAAAAUAACUCAAUCAACAGGUAUAGCAACCCAAAUGCAACUGGAGGUUAUUUUGGCGGGAAAUCCCAUAGCCACCGGCGUCUUGUAAAGCAGAGAUAACUAAAGAGUCAAUAAAGACGAAAACGGAAAGCGGAAAUUGUUUCUGUAUCCGUGUUGUCUAAAGUAUUUAGCUUAGAUUAAUAGUCAUGUUCGCAAAUUUGGAAUAUAGAGCAGUAGAAAGACAGAGAAAAAGAGAAAGUAGGCGGCAAGAUCAACGAGAAAAAGGGCGACAGAGAUCUAGAGCGAGAGAUAGAAAACAAAUGAGACAAUUUUUUGUUGAAUGAACAACAUGAAAAUUUUGAAAAAUGAGAAAUGCUAGCCGCCACCAUUGCAAGGUGAAAAUGAGCAGCAGUGAAAAAAAGGGAACGAGAACAUGUAUGAUAUUCCCUCCGUAACACGUGUUACUAAGAAGUUUCUGGAAGUUUCACUUUAUAGUCAUGCAAAACUACGGCAAAGAAAUGAACAAAAAAAGUGUGCUGCGCGUGUAAAGUUUUUUUCUUUUUUGGCUAAUUAGACCUAUUGUUGUUUUUCACCGUUCUCUGGAAUUGCCUUCGCCGCUUAGCAUUACACGAUUUUACAUUUUGUUUGAACAAACUAUAAAUAUUAUUGAGAGCUUCGCUUUUAGCCCUGGCUAAAUCUAUAUAUUACAUGAUACAGAAUUUCUUUACUCUUUUCGAUCAUAGAAUUCGUGUUCAACGUUCAAACUAUUAAUACAUGCAGUACUCUGAACCCGUUGUGAUUCAAUAAUCAUAUUCGGUCGCAAUCAUGCAAUGAAAUAAAUACACACACGGAACACUUAGUUAAAAAGGAGAAAUAUUUGUUUUAAUUGAAAAGAAGCUAUUUAGUCCUUAACGAGGAAAAAAAAAACAAAGAAACAAGGAAGAAAAGCUAACAGAAUCAUUACACUGGACAGUGAAAAUAGCAAAAUGGUCGAAUUAUAACUGUUGCAUUGAUCUCAUAAGACUUCGCAGAGGGUAGCAAAGGGAAGUUCAUGAUCCCGUUUCACGUACAAAUUUUGACAAAUUUCACGUAUCACGUGGGUUAUAAACCGAUUUUCACGAGUCAUGAAUGUCACCUGCUAAUCAAAGUUGUUAAGAACCGAAACACAGCCAUCAUGGACCCCAAUUCGCAUUUUAUUUGACGAUCAGAAUGUCGGUGGGGCGAUCUUAAAGGGCGUUAACGAGCAGUCAUGGAUGUGGGAAACUCGUGUUUCCAGGCAUGCGUUCAAAUUGAAAACACGUUAACGCCCCCGAUGUGACUUUUUUUUUUUAACAAGCUAGCGACUGAAGCCUCUGUGGCAAGCGAAGGUUAGUUUUUUGGUUAGUUUUACUCCUUUUCUCCCUUCGAGCGCGCGUGUGCCCUAGAAAUUUCUCCCUUCGCCCUAACAAAACUGGUGCCUUAUUCUGUGCAAGCUACAGCGAGUGUGACCUCCGAGGCCUUUCGUUAGGGUAAUUCACUCGUUUUAACACGAAAACGAAGCAACAAGAGGAUUGCCGAAGUGGACAAUACUUAAUCCCAAAGGUCACUGUUAGGGUCUGGUCUUUAGGUAGUAUUUAUCAACCAUGACAAAUGUAACGCAAAUAUUAAAACCAACGGCUCUGUUUAAUUUAUCUGUCCUAUAUCAUUGAUUUUUACGAAAUGCGACAAAUUAUUCACCAGUCCCGCGCAUGUUAUAAGAUAAAUCACACUUCACAUGCAUAACUGGUUUCACGGAUCACGUUCCUUUUUUGGGAACUUUCACGCGUCACUCUCUCAGCUACUCUCUUCGCAUAAACAAAAUCACCGCGGAAACCACUAAGCGGUUCUAAAUGAAAAACCUACCGACUCGCCGCAACGAUUCUUCAUUCGCAGUUCAAUUUAGCGAUUCAGUUUCGAAGACAAAGGCAAUUUUUCUGUUUACGGUAUUAAAAGAUUAUCGAAAUGUUUGAACUCCACGCAAGAAUACCAGGGAUGCGAUCCGCUGAAUAUCAACGACAAUCGCGCUAAAAUUUAUCAUAAUUAUGCGAAUGUUUAGAUAAUCAACCAAUCAAAAUCACUACCCGGUUUUCGGGUAGUGAUGUCACUGGACGGCAUUAACGGCCGGUCGCCUCAGACGUUGCUGAGAGGAGAAAACGACUCGAAGCAAUCGGAUGAAAUUCAGGGUAGGUCAUUUUAGGCGUUACUACAUUUGUAUACAAAACCAUCAGGAGGGUUCUCUAGAAGCACCAGCGAACACCAAAAAUCACCAUCUAUAUAGUCAUCACGGAAAGGGCCAACUACUCACAGAAAAUAUUAUUUUAAAGGAGAAUAAAAAAUCGACUGUGUGUUGUAUAAUUAUUUUGUUUCUCGACACUUUGUUUGAUGAAAAGAGAUGCUUAAUACAAAAUGAAGCAAAAUUGAUGUGGGUAAAAAAAGGCGGCAUCCUCAUGGCUAAAAUUCUUUCCUUGGUCGCUUGAAGUUCACUAAAAUGAAAGUUUUAGGGGCCCCCACAUUAAAAAUUACCAUGGGGGUAUCCCUAGAUUCCUCCAAUGGAAAGGAGCUGACCCCUUCUUGCAUAUCUACCUCUACAUGUGCAUGAAUGCCUUUCAAUCUUAUCAGAUGGGACCCUGAUCGUAUCUAUCGCCUGACUCCCGGUGUGGGCUUACAAGUUGCCUACUGAACAUCAGUUUAACUGUCACCAAAACAGUCUUGUGCUGUUCAUGCUGUUUACGGUAAUUAACUGGGACCAGUUGCAAAAAACCUGAAGUAUACCUCCCAACUUUUCCCAUGUAAAAUGCGACUGAUUUUGAUAUUCAUGUUUAACUGAAUUUCUGAAACAGCCUGACAGCUUUGGAACAGUUCCGAAGACAUUCCGACGUCUUCCGAACAUUACCGAAGAUGUUCCGAUGAUUUUCGAAGGUCACCGAAUGCAGCGCUUAGAAGCGUCAAAUUUCGGCACCAUCUUGCCGAGAUCACGUAUAUCUUAAUACCGAGAGGAGGUAUCGUGAGACGUUAACUUAUUGCUUAGAGCUCAAAUGUGACAUGUAGCGCCGUUCACUGGGUUAUUUUGGGUGGUGAUUGACUUCAUUUUUUCACGUUUAAGGUCACUGAACAAGUAGUCCACAAAUAUGAGUCUGCUCAAGUUUGGAGUUAAAAUAAGGGGUUUGACUGAGCUGAAUGUUACGUUUUCUGCAACUCGCCCCAGAAAAGUUGUUACUCCAAGUUGGAUUCGUAUUUUACUGAUGUCUACCUCUUUUUGUUGGCAAAAAUAUUUAGGGUGGUGCCAUUCAUGGAACUCUCCUUGGUCUGGAACACAUGAAGAGUGGAUCUGUCAUAAUAAACACAUCAUCAACUGCAGGUACAGAUCAGUGUGGAACCAACCGACUUCACUGAACUGAACUGAACUUAGAAGAAGGGAAGAUUUUAAAAGGAAGGUGUCAUAUAUACUGUUACAGUGGAACCUGUAUAAGCUCGGUAUAAAGUUACCCCGCCCCCCCCCUCCUUAAAUUAAGGGGGCAGUUUUCACGUUUUCACGUUGGUCUUUCUUUAUUGAGAUUUUUCCUGCGUUCGUCUUUGUUACUUUUACCGCGCGUUGGCCGGAGAACUACAACUUCAAGUCUUAGAAAAUACAGUGAAUGUUCUCUAUUUUUUUGAUUUAGUGAACUAGACUACAAUAAUUUAUGCUACCUGUAAUAUUUCAUAAUGUCAUGUUUAUUCCACCGUUACAGUUUCAAGCCAGCAACUUUGUUGAAAAUAUACUUAUAUUAACAUUCACUUCACUGAUAAGCGAUUGGUGAGAAUUCUUGUCGAGCCCCCGGCCUCAUGAUAUUGUCAAGUCGUAAUAUGUGCAAGUUUACAGCAUUAAGUGCCGUUUACCUUUCCGCAUUCAGGUCAGGUUUUAAAAACGUUUGUAAGAAAUGCAAUAAGAACCUUCAGCUUACAAAAAAUUCGAAUUGUAAGGCGUGGGGCUUGUAAUUGAGUUAACAAGUCCGUCGAGAAACGAUCCCCUGGAUUAUUUUUUAGUCAAUGGAUACUGGCAAGGAAUAAUUACAAUAAAGAAAAACACUAACGACGAGCGAAAUUAUCAGUACAUUUAACUAUUAUGUCAUAUCUUGAUCUUUAGUUCAUGACUUUGUUGCUUUGAUAGGCCUUUCGGCGUGGAAACUUGCUCCUGUGUACUGUGCCACAAAGCACGGGAUUGUAGCCUUUACUAGAAGUAUUUCAAAUGUGAGUGUUUCUCUGAAAUAUUGUGACAGAACAUUCUUUUUCUUUUAGAGUAAUUAGGCCCAGUGCAGACGUCGUGCUUCUGCCGUGCCGAACUAAAUUCAGGAAUGAAGUUCGACAAAAGCACGGCAGAAGCACGGCGUCUGAAUCAAACUUUUGAAUUAAGCUCGGCAAGCAAUUAAGUUCGACAAGUGCUGCCGUGCUACACAGCUCUGGCACGGCAGCGAUUCAAACGUCGGGCUUCUGCCGCGCUAAACAAAAUUCAUAAAUUAUAUUAAUGUAUUUUGGCGAGAUUGCGUUCCCACGGGGAGUUGUGAGAAGAAUUGUUACGAGGCAUCAGUAAAUCCUAAAUUUGGUUCGACUCUGGCACGACGUCUGAAUCAAAGUUGUUUUCCUGUCGUGCUACAGUCGAACCAAAUGACAAUUAAGUUCGGCACGGCAGAAGCACGACGUCUGAACUGGGCCUAACUGUCAGUGUGUUGAGAAAAAGGCAGUUCCCAUCUGAUUUGCUUUCGAAUAGCUCCCGCUUGGUGAUUGGUUAAACUAAAACGUGCAUCUUUAUGAACCAAUCAAAUGAAACCAGCAGAUUGUUCACUAGUAAGAGUGUUCCCGCGCUUAGCCCCUUCCACACUACAUCAGAUAAAUUUGAAAGCACUACUUUAUUCUUACGUUCAGGCCUACCGUCUUCACUAAUCCAGGUAAACUGUCCACCGAAAACGGAUGAAUAGUGGAUGAAUAUGACUUCAAUUUAAAAUACCUGCUUUGCGUUUUAGUGUCAAUGGAAAACUUUUUGCAGAACGUAACUUUUUGAAAACGCUGACGUCUCCGGCAACGUUGCGUUUCCAGAUUUAUAGACAUUUCCUUGCACGUCUUAGACAAAUGUGUGGACGAAAAACAUUUUAUGCGUCUGUGUGCACGGGGCGUAAGCUAAAGCAAACAAAAAACGCUCACUCUGUGCUGAAAUGUGACAAGAACUGUACCUCUUAAACCCCGUUUACACAGGUGCGGACAAACUGGAUCAAUUUAGGUCUCAGGGAAACUACCCACCCAUCCCUCCCCUAAGCCAUCAUUUUGCCCUAAGCGAGAAGUAGAUGUUAAUGUUAGCUUAGGGGAGAGGUAGGUGGGCAGUUUCCCAGAUACCUAAAUUGAUCCGACAAAUUUUUGAAGGGACGAAUUUUUCCCCUCUACACACGUUCACACGGAACCGUGCAAAUUCUGUCACAGAUUGCUGUACUGUUUGCCGUUCAAAUACUUACACAGAUCCGCGGAUCCCUUGUAAGCGAAUGGCGGGUUUUUUCCUUUUUAAAAAAUUUUGUCCUCACCCAUGUAAACGGGUCUCAAGAAAGGGUGUUAAUUACAUUUAUAAGGAUUAGUUCAGUCGGUAGAGCGCUUGACUACAGAGCGGGAGGUCGCGGGUUCGAUUCCCGAGACCGGAGCAAUACUCAGGGUCUUAAAAUAACUGAGAAAUGAAGGUACUCCUUUUGCACUGCAACUGUGGCUGGACCUUCUCGUGGCUCGGAUGAUCACGUAAAAUGGCGGUCCCGUCAAAAAUAGUGUCCCCAAUUAGUACUUUCGUGCUAAAUACAUUGACACUCAAAUAAAGCGCUUUUUUUAUAUAGCCGUCACUUUUACUCGUUGAAAUUGUUAAUUGUUUUUUGCCUUCAAGACAAUUGCGACGGCUAUACGCGUGUACUACAAGCGAAUACACCCUAAGAGGUAACUAACAUUAUUGCCACUAAAGAACCUUUUCUCUUUUUUUUGUCAAUGAAGGCAGCUAUGAGAGAUCAAGGAAUCCGUGUGAACUGUAUCUGCCCUGGAAGAACGGACACUGAAAUGGACUUUCCUAGACACAAACUAAGAAAGGAGGAAAUUGAAGCACAAGAUAGCCUCCCCAAACAACCGUAAGUUUGUCAGAAUUAGUUUAAUUCAUUUUUUUUCUAGCUGUUCCUUGCGUAACUUUUUGUUUUGUUUUUCCUGUGCUGGAAAUAACUAUAUUUUGAAACAUUUAAAAUUGAUUAAAUACUACCAUUAACCCGUUGUGGAGGUAUAUAAGCCAACCCCUAACCGUAAAAGCCGCCACCUCAUCAUGCCACUCGUAUGCGCAUGCAUAGAGAGUUCUUCGGGUCUAUGCUUCAGUACCACAGAGAACAGAACACAGAAGCUUCUACGGGAAAAGGUCAUAAAACGACUCUGAAGUAAAAAGUUUCACACAACGUGAAAAAGUUUAACUCUAGGAUUGGGAGCUUUGGUAUAAUCCUAGCUUUGUUUUUUGUUCUGCUUUGUUUUGUUUUUAAUAGGAUUUCUGCUGUUACCAAGGGCAUUAUCGAACUGAUUGAGGACGACACUAAAAUAGGAGAGGUUUUAGUUGUGUGUGAGACGGAUGGAACCAAGUACAAGCUGUUUUAG